UGCUCCUCGCCCCCCGCCCUCCCUGAGCCUGGCCCUGGUCUUUCUCGGAGCCGCCAUGGGCUCGGAGAUGGAUCCGCUGCUCCUGGCCUGGAGCUAUUUUAGGCGCAGGAAGUUCCAGCUCUGCGCCGAUCUGUGCACGCAGAUGCUGGAGAAGUCCCCUUAUGACCAGGAACCAGAUCCAGAAUUGCCAGUGUCUCAGGCAGCCUGGAUUUUAAAAGCACGAGCACUAACUGAAAUGGUGUACAUAGAUGAAAUUGAUGUAGAUCAGGAAGGAAUUGCAGAAACGGUACUGGAUGAAAAUGCUAUUGCUCAGGUUCCACGUCCUGGAACAUCUCUGAAACUCCCUGGAACUAAUCAGACAGGAGGGCCUAGUCCAGCUGUCAGGCCGAUCACUCAAGCUGGAAGACCCAUUACAGGUUUCCUUAGACCCAGCACACAAAGUGGAAGGCCAGGCACUAUGGAACAGGCCAUCAGAACACCCAGAACUGCCUACACAGCUCGCCCUAUUACCAGCUCAUCUGGAAGAUUUGUCAGGCUGGGAACGGCUUCCAUGCUUACAAGUCCUGAUGGACCUUUUAUAAAUUUAUCUAGACUGAAUUUAACAAAAUAUGCCCAGAAACCUAAAUUGGCAAAGGCUUUGUUCGAGUAUAUCUUUCAUCAUGAAAAUGAUGUUAAGACUGCUUUGGAUUUGGCUGCCCUUUCCACAGAGCAUUCUCAGUACAAGGACUGGUGGUGGAAAGUGCAGAUUGGAAAAUGUUACUACAGGUUAGGAAUGUAUCGUGAAGCAGAAAAACAAUUUAAAUCAGCCCUGAAGCAGCAGGAAAUGGUAGAUACAUUUCUCUACUUGGCAAAAGUUUACAUCUCAUUGGAUCAACCUGUGACUGCUUUAAAUCUUUUCAAACAAGGCUUAGAUAAGUUUCCAGGAGAAGUAGCCCUACUUUGUGGAAUUGCCAGGAUCUAUGAGGAAAUGAACAAUAUUUCAUCAGCCACUGAAUACUACAAAGAGGUUUUGAAACAGGACAAUACUCAUGUGGAAGCCAUUGCAUGCAUUGGAAGCAACCAUUUUUACUCUGAUCAACCAGAAGUAGCUCUCCGGUUUUACAGGCGACUCCUGCAGAUGGGUGUCUAUAACUGCCAGCUUUUUAACAACCUGGGGCUCUGUUGCUUCUAUGCCCAGCAGUAUGAUAUGACUCUGACCUCAUUUGAACGUGCCCUUUCUCUGGCUGAAAAUGAAGAAGAGAUAGCUGACGUCUGGUACAACUUGGGACAUGUAGCUGUGGGAAUAGGAGAUACAAAUCUGGCCCAUCAGUGCUUCAGGCUGGCUCUGGUCAACAACAAUAACCACGCAGAGGCCUACAACAACCUGGCCGUGCUGGAGAUGCGGAAGGGCCAUGUCGAACAGGUCUUAGCUUAAUUACCGCCCUUUUAGAAAGACCUGCUUGAACAUCAGUCUAAAGGAGCCCUCAGGUGCUAUCACAUCUCCUACUAUUCUUUUCUUCACAAUACUUAUCAUUUUACUAGAUAUUUUCAUCUUUAUAUGUAAAAUGUAGAAUGCUAGCUGCAUGAAAGCAGGGGCCUUCUGUGUCUUCUAACUGCUAUAUUUUCAGUAUCGAAAACAUUGCCUGACACUCGGUAGGUGCUUAGUAUUGGUGGAAUUAGCGGAUGAUAAAUAAAAUAGGGUAAUAACAGUACUGACCCGAAGGUGUGCUUGUGAAGAUGAGCAGAUUGUGCAUGCAAAGCCCUUGGCGUAGUAAAAGCACAUGAUAGAUGCUUAAUAAAUUUUAUUAUUAUUACUGUUAUUAUUUACAUAACAAGAAGUUUAAAAUGCUGAAUACACUCAUACAAUAUUAAUGGCAAUCAACAUCGAUAGAUAUUACAUUCUCUGUUUUACAGAUGAAGAAACAGACUAGAGGAGGGUAAGUAACUACCCAAGGUCACAGACGUAGUGAGCAGCACGCCAGGAUGUUAACCUCCAGCCUGGUCUCCUAAGCACGUUGAUAAACUUAAUAAAACAAGCAAAGAAACGUCACUGGAUGCUGCCUUUGUUUCACAAAAUUUUCCCAAAGUAAAUAAGAUGGAUUUGUAUUUUUUAAACAAAAACUAACUACUCUAAACUGGGAACUUGUUCUGUCAUAGAACAAGUUCGCCUGUGUCCAUUUGAAGCAAGUGUUCUUUAUGAUUUUCUCUGUUUCCAUGUUGGUGAUUUUCUUUCCCUCCUACUUACUGUAGUUUCUCCAGCAUACAAUUGAUUUGAAAUGUUUUGGUGAAAGGUUUCAUUAUUAUUAAAAAUUAUAGCUCAAUUUAAAAAAAAUAGCAAAUCAUAAAACAAAAUUUAAUAUCCACUAUCCUAUUUAAACUAUUAUUUAUUUUCCAUUAAAAAAAGAUAAAAGAAUUUGUCCUCAGGGUCAUACAUAGAAGAUUGGCUACAAGUUGAAAGGCUGUUCAGCAGCUUGGAAUGCUGAGUUUGUGAUCUUAACAAUGAGUGUACGGGCAUCUCGUGUCUCUCAGUGGUCUCUGCAAUGUGUGAUCCUUUGAGUCUAGAGGGGACAAAAAAAUGAUGUGAAUUUUGUCUUUUGAGUACUUUAGAGAACAGAAAGCUUGUCAUUUUCAGAGGCCUUCAGUUGUCAUUUUCAGGUCAGCAGUAUAAUAAAUGCUUGCUCAGUGUCAUCCAGCACAGAAAUUGGGGAUUUGAAUUUACAGUGGUUUUUUGGUGGUUUUUGUUGUUGCAUUAGAGAACAGGUAAUUAGAAGCCUACUGAAUCAAUCAACAUCAACAAAAACUAGAUUAAUAAGACUUUUUAGCAUUGAGAGCAUUAUUUUUCAGUUGUACAUCAUACUGAAAUAUAAACUUUGUAAGAUCAGUGUUUCUCACAUAACUUUUGGAUUCCAUUAUUUUUUCCAUAUUUUGAAGCAUUUUAUUAUUAAUAUAAUUUUGGCAAGAUAUAGGUAGUUCCUGGUUAUCAGUAAGUUGUAUUUCAUGAGGAAUUCAUCUUAUUUAUUACAGGGUUAUGUUUAUUAAAGUCCUAUCCUGGGUAAAGUAUUCUUUUACCAAAAUAAACAAAAAAAAUCACAAAUACAGUGCUAAUAUAUGCUCAUAUAGCUUUGGUUUCUCUUUUCUUUCCUUUUUUUUUU